CCUCCGAAGCGGGCGCCGACUGAGCCUUCUUCUUCUCCUUGCUAUGGAUUCUUUUAAAGGUGUGAUGAAUUUGGAAAGGCUCCCGGACGGCUUAAGACCUCCCCAGGCUUCCCACGACAUGGCUUCCAGCUUCCAUUUGCAAAGGUCUUCCGAAGCCCGGGAUCCCAUCGAGAAUUCGGCCAGCGAGUCGUCCGACACCGAAGUACCAGAAAAGGAGAGGAGCGGCGUGCAGAAAAGCGACGACGGGAACGCGGACGACCCCGCGAAGAAGAAGAAGCAGAGACGGCAAAGGACUCAUUUCACCAGCCAGCAACUGCAGGAGCUGGAGGCCACUUUCCAGAGGAACCGCUACCCGGACAUGAGCAUGAGGGAGGAGAUCGCGGUGUGGACCAACCUCACGGAGCCCCGAGUCAGGGUGUGGUUCAAGAACCGGCGCGCCAAGUGGCGGAAGCGGGAGCGCAACCAGCAGAUGGACCUGUGCAAGAACGGCUACGUGCCGCAGUUCAGCGGCCUGAUGCAGCCCUACGAGGACGUGUACGGCGGCUACCCGUCCAACUACUGGCACGCCAAGAGCCUGGCGCCGGCGCCGCUCUCCUCCAAGGGCUUCACCUUCUUCAACUCCAUGGGCCCGCUCUCGUCGGCCCAGUCCAUGUUCUCGGCGCCCAGCACGCUGCCCUCCAUGAGCAUGCCCUCCUCCAUGGGCCACGCGGCCGUGCCCAGCGCCGCCGGCCUCAACAACCUGGGCGGCUCGUCGCUCAACACGGCCCUGCCGUCGCCCGCCUGCCCCUACGGCCCGCCCGCCUCCCCCUACAGCGUCUACCGGGACACCUGCAACUCCAGCCUGGCCAGCCUGCGGCUCAAGUCCAAGCAGCACUCGAACUUCGCCUACGGCGGCCUGCAGAGCCCAGGCGCCACCCUCAACGCCUGCCAGUACAACAGUUGACGCGCCUUAAAG